GGUGCGGACGCGCAUGCGCAACCAGAGCUCGGCCCAUUGGGAGGCCGGGCUGCGCAUGCGUGCUGAGAGGCCCGGUGGCGGCGGCGGCGGAGGCAACUGUGAGGGGGUUCCCGGAAGAUGGUGCUGAUUAAGGAAUUUCGUGUGGUUUUGCCGUGUUCUGUUCAAGAGUAUCAGGUUGGACAGCUUUACUCUGUUGCAGAAGCGAGUAAGAAUGAGACUGGCGGUGGAGAAGGAAUCGAAGUCUUGAAGAAUGAACCUUAUGAGAAGGAUGGAGAGAAGGGACAGUACACACACAAAAUUUACCACCUGAAGAGCAAAGUUCCUGCAUUUGUAAGGAUGAUUGCUCCCGAGGGCUCCUUGGUGUUUCAUGAGAAAGCCUGGAAUGCUUACCCCUACUGUAGAACAAGUAAGCUGAAUGAAUAUAUGAAAGAUGACUUCUUCAUCAAAAUUGAAACAUGGCACAAACCUGACUUAGGAACAUUAGAAAAUGUUCAUGGUUUAGAUCCAAACACAUGGAAAACUGUUGAAAUUGUCCACAUAGACAUUGCAGAUCGAAGUCAAGUUGAACCGGCAGACUACAAAGCUGAUGAGGACCCUGCAUUAUUCCAUUCAGUCAAGACCAAGAGAGGCCCCCUGGGACCUAACUGGAAGGUAUUGGCUGCUGACCUUGCUGACAAGUGGAGUCCUGACAACAUAAUAAUUGACAGGUCCCAAUUCUUAAAAGAGGUGGUAGUGUUUAAGCAAGAAAAACGGAUAUUUACAAACUUACAUCGCCAGCUCUUUUGUUGGAUUGACAAGUGGAUCGAUCUGACAAUGGAAGACAUUAGGAGAAUGGAAGAUGAGACUCAGAAAGAACUCGAAACACUACGGAGUCAAGGCCAAGUGAGGGGAACAAGUGCAGCCUGUGACGAGUGAAGAUGCUACCAGUGUCUCUGUGUGAUGUUUCCAGAGUGUGCCUGUGAUGAUUCAAGGGCACGUGUACACACACAUAUACACACACACAUGUGUGUGCAUGUGUGUGUGUGUAUGUGUGUAUGUCUGUAGCUGUAUGUAAAACACAUAUGGCUAGAGGCCUAGAUACACACACAAGUGUAUAUAUGUAUGUGGAAACAUUGAAGGGAUCAGUACAGUUUCUCCAAAGUACUGUACCUCUCUUCAGCAAAAAUACUAAAGAAAAUAUUUUCAAUAUAUAACCUGGAACGGAUUUUAAUAAUCAUCAGUGUGAUGCCCUUGAUGGAUAAAUGGACUGCCAUGUGGUGCUGGCUGGCAUGCUUCAUGAAUGCCAGGUGUGGACCAGUGUGUAUAGUUUUGGGUUGUUUCUGUUUUUUCAAAUCACCACACAUACACUUUUUUUAUUUUUAUUCCAUCAGCAGCAGACUCCUACAGAAAGAUAUCUUCAGAUUGUUAGAUACUCCAGUGAAUCCGGAGAGUAAACUCUGGAUGUUUUGGGUGUAUUUGUAACUAUUUAUUUCUGGGUGGCCACUCUUUCAGCCAAAUCCAACAAUGUCUGUCGAGUAAGGAGUGAAAUCAAAGCUCUUUACUAGAUCACCCAAGGGGCAGGGAAAUCUUUUUUUUAAAAUUGUCACUUUUUAUUGGAUUUUUGUAUUUUGAAUUUCAAGUAUUUUUCUACAUCAAAUCUAGCAAAAAAAAAAAAGUGAUGACGGUUUGUGAUUCCUAUAAACACUAGACAAUGUUCAGACUCUGGCUGAGCAAACACGGCGACAAAGGAAAUAACCUUGAUGGCAUUGCAGUCACACAGCUUUUCUGUGGGGACUGUGCAGACCCUCCAUGUUGCUCUGAGCACACUGACAUUUAGCUCUUUGCCUGCUGCAGUCCAAGCACAGUUAAAUGUGGCACAGGACUAUCCCCAUCCUGAGGCCAGCUCGAUCCUGAGCAUUGCUACCUACACUGCUUCCUUUUCUUCCCUCCUUUCUCCUCUUUUUCUCUUUUUUUUUUUUUUUUUUAAAGGAAGGAACAGUAGCUAGGUAAGAUUUUUUUUUUUUAAUUAACUUUUCUGUAUGAUGCUGUUUUCCCUUGUCAGUCCCAGAAGCCUGACCAGAAUCAUACUGUUGAAGCCCUCAGGUUACACACUGUCUUUUUAACCUACAUCACCCCACAGUCCUCCAUCCCCCAUAGAACAUAUUACCCCCACAGUGAGCCCAAUAGUAACUGGUUCCUUUGCUGACAGACUUGCCCCUCCUCCCUGUGUUCCCAUGGGAGCAGCAAUGACAGCACUUCCCACUGCAUUGCAAUAAUGCCCUGUCAUCCUCAGCAACAGACCCUGGCUUCCAUGUGCCCUCUCAAGAUAAAGGCUGGUGUUUUUUCUCUGGAUACUGGUGGGAGAUGGGUUUGGUUACAUCAGUGAGAAAGGCACCAGAAGGGUCAUUGCCAACCCCAGGCAGUGGAGAACCCAGUCUUUUCCCCAGUGAACCAAUUCAUGGACAGCUAUAGUCACACUGGGAGUUUGGGCACACAAGGAAAUGAGAGCCUGGUGUGGACUCUACUGUCUUCUAACAGCUGUGGAGAUCGAGGGACAUGGUGAAUGUCAAAUACCUGUUGACUUGGCAGUUUCUUGUGUAAACUACAGUAAAACAAAGUAAGUGAAAUUGAAACAAAAAUAAAUUUGAUCACAAAAUGCC